AUGACUGAUACACUGAGAAGCUUACAUAGAGAACUAACUAACAAGGAAAUUGUUUCUCUUGUUGCACAGGCCCUAUUACAAGCGCACGAUGUUGUCGCCCGGGAGGUGUACGGGGAGGAGUCGCUGCGUGCUUCGCCCCCUCCAGUCAACGGGAGGGCGCAGCCUCCGGCAGAUGAGGAGGAUGACACCGAGCCGGAGUUUGAAAACGUGACCAGAGUACGCCUCGUGCAGUUCCAGAAGAAUACCGAUGAACCUAUGGGAAUAACGCUGAAGCUAGCAGAUGACGGCCGGUGUAUCGUGGCGCGUAUAAUGCAUGGAGGCAUGAUACACAGGCAGGCGACACUACAUGUGGGUGAUGAGAUCAAGGAGAUCAACGGCACGCCCGUCGCUAACCAGUCCGUUGCGCAGCUACAAAGGAUGCUGCGAGAUGCCCGCGGAUCGGUCACGUUCAAGAUAGUUCCAUCAUACCGAUCGGCACCACCACCUUGUGAGCUAUUCCGGAUAAAGCCUUCGCCCGUUCUAAUAUUUGUUAGGGCUCAAUUCGAUUAUGAUCCACUAGAAGAUGAGUUGAUACCCUGUGCUCAAGCUGGUAUCGCUUUUACCACGGGAGAUAUAUUGCAGAUUAUAAGCAAAGACGAUUCACAUUGGUGGCAAGCUCGAAAAGAUGCAUCUGGGGGUUCGGCUGGCCUUAUCCCAAGUCCAGAACUGCAGGAAUGGCGCGCAGCCUGCGUGGCUGCCGAAAAAUCGAACACGGACCAAGUUGGAGCUGAGGGGUGUGUAUCGCAUACCGACGGAUGUGAAAAUACAGUCAAUUGUUCGAUAUUCGGAAGGAAGAAGAAACAGGCGAAAGACAAAUACUUGGCAAAGCACAACGCUGUCUUCGAUCAACUCGAUGUCGUGACCUACGAAGAAGUUGUUAAACUUCCGUCAUUCCAGAGAAAAACGAUAGUGCUGUUGGGCGCUCACGGCGUCGGUCGUCGCCACAUCAAGAAUACGCUAAUAGCGAGACAUCCCGACCAGUACGCAUAUCCCAUACCACAUACAACCCGGCCUGCGCGUGCCGAUGAGGAAAACGGGAGACAUUACUAUUUCGUUACACACGACGAAAUGAUGGCGGACAUCGCAGCUAAUGAAUAUUUAGAAUACGGCACUCACGAAGACGCCAUGUACGGAACAAAGCUGGAGACAAUCCGCCGAAUCCACUCGGAGCGUCGAAUUGCCAUAUUGGACGUAGAACCUCAAGCGCUGAAGAUCCUCCGCACUGCAGAAUUCGCUCCUUACGUCGUGUUCGUAGCCGCUCCGCAGUUGAAUAAUGUGGCAGAUUACGACGGCUCUCUAGAAGUGCUAGCCCGUGAAUCAGAACUGCUCCGGCGUACGUACGGGCACUACUUCGACAUGUCAAUAGUGAACAACGAUAUUGACGACACCCUCGCACAGCUGGAGGCGGCACUGGCUAGAAUGCGUUCUACCCCUCAAUGGGUGCCAGUGUCUUGGGUGUAUUGACUUACCGACUGUUAUCUGUAAGACCACUUUGACUGAAUUGGACUUUUUUCUGCUAGAAUUCUUUUAUCCAGAAACGUUUUUUAAUCUCUGCCAUCAUUCUGCAAGCUCUAAAAUUGAUCAAAACCUUUUUGUCGUAAAUUUUUUCACCAGGAUUCUAUUACUAUUGUGUUA